AUGUGCUGUACAGAUCCAUGUCUAUCUUUAUUGAUGCUUUCUUUAAAAUGUAUUCGCAUCCUGUAUAGAAGCAAGGAAGAAAUGGCUUUGAAGUUUAUCAAGACAUUAAUUUUUCUCCUCAUGACUGUACUUGGCAUUCUGGGGAACAUGUCUGUUUCCGUGCAUUACAUGUUCAGUUGGUGGGGAGGCUCUGAGAAGAAACCCAUACAACUUGUUCUCAUGCACUUGGCUUUUACAAACAUCAUAAUCCUUCUUGCAAAAGGAUUGCCAAAGACAAUAACAGCUUUUGGGUUGAGAAACUUCCUAGAUGACUUAGGCUGUAAGAUCCUCAUUUACCUGGAGAGGGUGGCCCGUGGCCUCUCCAUCUGCACCAGCAGUCUCCUUGCUGUGGUCCAGGCCAUCAUCAUCAGUCCCAGAGCAUCAUGGUGGAGGAGGCUCAGACCAAAGUCUGCAUGGCACAUCCUUCCAUUCUUCUCAGUCUUUUGGAUACUGAAUUGUUUAAUGUGUUUGAACUUAAUCCAUUCCAUCACAAAUAAAAACCUGAAUGUUUCACAGAUUAUGACUGAUGGCAACUAUUGUUAUUUUAUGCCAGAAAGUCAGGAAAUAAAAUGGAUUUUUCUCCCUGUCAUGGUCCUGAGAGAUGCAGUGUUCCAGGGUGCCAUGAGAGGGGCCAGUGGCUACAUGGUAUUUCUUCUCCACAAGCACCACCAGCAUGUCCUCUACCUUCACAACUCCAAGCUUCUCUACAGAACUCCCCCUGAGCUGAGAGCUGCUCAAAGUGUCCUCCUUCUCAUGCUCUGUUUUCUUUUCUUCUAUUGGGCAGAUUGUGCCUUUUCUUUAUUUUUAAUUCUCUCCUCAGGGAACAAUACCUUGAUGAUAAAUACUCGAGAACUUCUGAUCCUUGGUUAUGCAAUUUUUAGUCCACUUGUGCUGAUUCACAGGGAUGGGCUUCUGGCUGAGUGUUGGCAUGGGAGAAAUUGA